AUGAACACCACAGAUUCCGCAGGAAAUAAAACCCAUAUUGACUACUCGCGAACAGCUCUAAGGGUAGCAUUUGGAUUUAUCGCCUUGCUGGCAGUUUUAGGCAAUGGAUUGGUUUGUGCGGUUAUUAUCCGAUGUCGCAGAAUGCUGAAGAACUCGUAUAACUUGAUGAUUCUCUCGCUGGCCUUUACUGAUAUGUUCACAGGUAAGAUGCAUGUGAUAAAAACGAAACUUAACAACGUUUCAACGAAACACGGUUACGAAAGGGAUGGUAAAAACUUACAUUUUUUUGGUAUCUUCGCAGGAGUUAUACUGGCCAUUACUCCCGCCUUUAUCGUAGCAGACGAAAACUUUCCCGUCCCAGAAAACUUGGCGGGAGAUGUUUUCUCUCACAUCAUUAGUUCCCAGUACUUCAUCUUCACCUUCAGUAAGAUCGCUGUUGCUAUAGUGAUGCGAUUAGCAAUAGACCGCUCGUAUGCAAUAACUAGACCGGUCAAGUACAAAGUUACAUCUAAGCGGUGGAAAGUCAUUAUGUAUAUUACAAGUGUUUCCAUGGUGUGCUGUGCGUUAAACUGGCAAGCGUUAAUCGGGAAGAAACUGAUAAUGAAGGAGGGACAACCCCUUUGCAUUAGGGUUAUGCUUAUUGAAAAUCAGUUCGUGUCUCAGAUUUAUACCGUCGCCCACGUAACAUUAACCUUUUUGAUCCCAGUUGUUAUUUCCAUGUUCACGUUUCUCCACUCGUACCGAGUUAUGCGAAGGUCGCGUUAUCGUCACGCCAAGGGCAGCCGCCCAAAAUCUCUCAACAGCCUUUUCCGCAUGUGUGCUAUAACAGGUUUGCUCUUGGCAUUGUGUUGGAUUCCAAACUAGUCUUUUUAUGUCCUGUCAAAGUUCAACAUCACUCAGUUUGAUACGCCCCUCCAUCAUGCCACAGUUGUGUUAGCCAUGCUGAAUUCCUGCUUAAAUCCUUGGAUCUAUGGAGCCACCAACCGCAAUUACAGAAGAUUCACAAGAAUUCUCUGUUUCUGGAAAAAUGUGCAGGUAGCAUCUGAAGAAACGGGUAUUACAAUAAAGGAAGGAGUCAUCAGAAGAACGGAUGAUAAAAACUUCAGUAAGACGGGGCCACAUUUAGAAGCAUCAAGAGUUGUGGACUCCUCCGCAUUUAUACCUGAGGGCUCCCAGGGAAAACCAGAGGUUCCCCAGGGAGAAAGCAACAGAAAAAAUCACAAUGAAUGGAAUGCCCCAUGAUGAUAAAGACACUCAUAUAAGCGAAGAGGCUGCCAACAACUCUAACAGCCAUAACCAGAGUGAGCUAUAAGUGUAACAAAGGAUUCGUAUAAACAAUUUUGAAUGGUUUUUCAUUAUCGCAUAAGCCCAAACUUGAACAACUGGCUUACUGAGCUCGUUGACCCAAUCUACUUUCAAUAUCGAAUUUUCUAACAUCAUCUGUUAAGCCUUUUUGUUAGUUCUAAGAGUUUUGAUGUUGCGAGUUUAUCAACUCGAUAUUUUGAGUUUUGGGGCAGAACUUAAAAUGAAUGAAUGAAUGAAUGAAUGAUUGUUUGUUUGUUUAGAGUAUACAUGCAUACCGUGCUAUACCUGAAGUGUCUGAAGAAAUGUUUUUAAAAAUGUAACUCCAAUGUGA